CCUCCCGUCGGUCUCUCCUCCCCAACCACCGCCGCCCUCAUAUCCCCCCUCCACACACACACACACCCACACACACAAUCUCUUCCUCUCCCGCCUCCGCCGCUCCGCAGGUGAAAACCCAGAGGCAGAUCUCAGCCAUGGAUUUUCUGCGAUCACGAUCCGAGUGCUGAACCGUCACAUCUUCACUCGUCCGGAUUUCCAAGCGCUUUUUGCGGAUGAUCAUCAGCGUCGUGAGGCGAGAUGAUGGCUUCAAUAGGCGAAUUCGACCCUCUGAACACCAGAGUCCCUGCAACUAAAAUAGAAGUUACUGUGUCCUGCAGGAGUCUACUGGAUGUGGAUACAUUCUCCAAGUCAGAUCCUGUGGUUGUGUUAUAUGUGCAAGGUGUGGGAACCAAAGAGUGGAGGGAGUUUGGCAGGACAGAAGUUAUCGACAACACCCGAAAUCCCGAUUUUGUCAGAAAGUUUGUGCUGGAUUUCUUCUUUGAAGAGAAGCAGAAUCUCAGGUUUGAUGUGUACAAUGUGGAUUCUAGAAGCUGUAACAUAUCCAAACACAAGGACUUUUUGGGCCAAACGUUCUGCACACUUGGAGAGAUAAUCGGCUCAACAGGAGGACGGCUGGAAAGGACCCUGUCUGGGAUACCAGGGAAGAAGUGUGGAGUCAUAAUCUUGGCAGCGGAGGAGCUCAGUAACUGCAGGGAUAUCGCUACGAUGCAGUUGUGUGCCAACAAGCUGGAUAAGAAAGACUUUUUCGGAAAGUCUGACCCUUUCCUGGUGUUUUACCGCAGUAAUGAGGAUGGAACGUUCACCAUCUGCCACAAGACGGAGGUGAUCAAGAACACGCUGAAUCCGGUGUGGCAGCCCUUCACCAUCCCCGUUCGAGCCCUCUGCAACGGCGACUAUGACAGGACUGUGAAGGUGGACGUGUACGACUGGGAUCGAGAUGGAAGCCAUGACUUCAUUGGAGAGUUCACCACAAGUUACAGGGAGCUGUCCAGAGGGCAGAAUCAGUUCAAUGUCUACGAGGUUUUAAACCCCAAGAAGAAAGGCAAGAAGAAGAAAUACAUCAAUUCUGGGACUGUAACUCUGCUGUCCUUCAAAGUGGAGUCGGAGUAUACCUUUGUGGAUUUCAUCCGUGGAGGGACACAACUGAACUUCACUGUAGCGAUUGACUUCACAGCGUCUAAUGGUAACCCGUCCCAGCCCACCUCCCUCCACUAUAUGAGUCCCUACCAGAUGAAUGCAUAUGCCAUGGCCCUGAAAGCAGUGGGGGAGAUUAUCCAGGACUACGACAGUGACAAGCUCUUUCCUGCCUACGGUUUUGGAGCUAAGCUGCCCCCUGAUGGCAAAAUCUCCCACGCCUUCCCACUGAAUGGCGACAGCGAUCAGCCAAACUGUGUGGGCAUAGAGGGAGUUCUGGAGGCCUACUUCCAGAGCCUGAGGACAGUGCAGCUGUAUGGACCCACCAACUUCGCACCAGUUAUCAACAAAGUAGCAAACUGUGCAGCAGAGAUUACAGAUGGCUCUCAGUACUUUGUCCUGUUGAUGAUCACAGAUGGAGUGAUAUCUGACAUGGUCCAGACCAAAGAGGCAGUGGUCAACGCAGCAUCACUUCCUCUGUCCAUAAUCAUUGUUGGCGUCGGCCCUGCUGAGUUUGACGCGAUGGAGGAGCUUGAUGGAGACGAGGUGAGAGUAUCCUCCAGAGGACGUCUUGCUGAGAGAGACAUUGUUCAGUUCGUUCCGUUCAGAGACUACAUCGACAGGUCUGGUAACCAGGUGCUCAGCAUGGCCCGGCUGGCCAAAGACGUCCUGGCAGAGAUCCCUGACCAGCUGCUGUCGUUCAUGAAGAGUCGAGGAAUCGAACCGCGACCGGCCCUCUCCUCCUCCCCCCUACCGGCGCUGCACCGGCACAUCUGACCCACACAAUCCCCAACAUCUUCCCAGUGUCUGUCUGUCUCCUUUUUUCCCUCUUCCUCUGGCUUCUCUUAUCAUCCAUUUCUUUGGCUCUUUAAAAAGAAGGAAGU